AUGGGACAUAGAACUGUCGGUCUUCCAGUAAACCUUUGGCUUUUUGAAGGUAGUCUGUCCUGUCCAGCACAACCGUGGAGCGCCCCUUGUCCGCUGGCACGACCAAUCGUGUCGCUCAAAGGUACUCCAACGUACGGACUGGCUAAGUGGCUGUUCCGGCGUCUCAAGUUCCUGACCGCUGAGUCGGGCACCACGGUCUCUUCGUCUGCAGAAUUUCUGGAGAAAAUCAAAGGGGUAAGCCUCCAUCCAAAUGAGGUCAUGGUAUCUUUUGAUGUUACAUCCCUUUUUACUUCUAUUCCCCAGGACCUGGCGAUCGAGACAAUCGAGCUGCUUCUACAAAGCAAAUACGAUGAAACGGAGAAUCGUCUUGGACGCGCCCAAGUCCUUCAGCUGCUGAAGUUCUGUCUCAGGACGUACUUCACGUUCGACGGGACAAUCUACGAACAGGUGAAGGGCACACCAAUGGGUUCGCCGAUUUCGGGGUUCAUCGCCGAGGCGGUCCUGCAACGGUUAGAGUCGCUGGUCUUCCAACACCACAAACCGACGUUCUGGGCCCGGUAUGUGGAUGAUACCUUCGUCGUUAUCGAUCGGGAUCAACUGCUGACAUUCAAGGAACGUCUGAAUGCGAUCUUCCCGGACAUACAAUUUACGAUGGAGGAGGAAGAGAACAACCAGCUGGCCUUCCUGGAUGUCCUCGUAUGCCGCAAGGAUUGUGGUGGACUAAAGACUAAAGUGUUCAGGAAAGCGACAAAUACGAUGCAAGUACUGAACUUCAACAGCAACCACCCAAUCAGUCACAAACGCAGUUGUGUAAGGACGCUCUAUCGGCGUGUCGAAACACACUGCAGUGAGCCGGAAGACAAGAUUGCUGAACUACAAUACCUCCGACGGGUCUUCAAAGCCAAUGGCUACCCGCGCAACUUUGUCAACCGGUGCAUACGCCAAAUGGACGAAAGGCCUAACCGCACGGACACCAAAGUUUGGCGAGCGCUUCCAUAUGUCAAGAACGUUUCGGAAGCUGUUGGCCGCCUUCUCGCACCACUUGGGGUUGGAGUUGCACACAGACCGGAGGCAACCAUCAGGCGUCAGUUGAUGAAACCAAAAGACCCACUGCCACGGCAAGAAACGUCUGGAGUCGUUUAUCGGAUCUGGUACAGUUGCGGACAAAGUAACUACGUCGGAGAAACCGGAAGACAGCUCCGAACGCGAAUGGCCGAACACGCUGCAGCAGUGCGGAGAAAUGACGCCAGCUCUCAAGUUGCGGCUCAUUCGACGGGUUCCGGCCACACAUUCAAAUUUGAUGGGCCGAAAUUCUCGCAAGAGGUAACAACCGCGUGA